GACCCGCCUAUUCUAACCACACCCAAAAUGGCUGACGACGAUUUCGCUGAUUUUGAGUCUGCUCAGAGCACGAAUACUGACCAGAAAGAGCCUCAGAUGAUACCUAGUUUCACUGCCUUUGAGAUCCCGCCUUUAGACUUUGAUGAUGAUUUUAAUCAAGACUUUACUACUCCUCCUCCUCUAUCCUCAAGCUCGUCCAAGCUCUCAACCACUGGAGCCCCUGGAGACCUCUUCAGUUUACCACCUCCUCUCUCAGCUCUCACUGACUCAAUCCCGCCAUCUCUUGAUCCCCUCCCUCCUUCACUAGACUUAGACCAGCUACCCUCUUUUGCUGAUAUCCCUCCUCCUCUACCUCCUGUGGGUGCGUCCAAUGAUUUCACACCUUUAGCGAGUGCAACGUCCACUAGUCAGUUUGUUGCAGAUUUUUCUAGUUCAACUGAAGUGAAUAUUGCAUCAUCGCCAGCUGGUAAUGAAGUCAGUACUGAAGGGGAAAGUGUCGUGAACAAAAUAGAUGAUAGUUUUGGAUCCUUUAAUGAAGUACCAGCGACAGCAACAGGAAAUGAGAAUCCCACCAGUAAUGGUAUAGGAGAUGAUGAUUUUGCUAACUUUGCUUCGUUCUCUGAGGCUCAAUUCCCUCCUCCUCCUCUUGCUUCAUCUGAUGCUGAUCCACCAGUUGAAGGUGAUGGGUUUUCAAACUUUGCUUCGUUUUCAGAUCCUCCAGCUGCUCUCACUUCUAAUACGAAUGCUCCAUUGCAACAGGUUCCCUCAUCUGAUGAUGAUGGUUUCUCAAACUUUGCUUCAUUCUCGGAUGCAGCAGCAGUGCCUGAAGCCACACCCGACGAGCCUAAAGCCACACCCCCGGUAUCAGAAGCCCCAUCAACUGUACCUGAUAGUGAUGAUUUUGAUGAGUUUACUUCAUUUUCGGAUAACACAGUUUCUCAGAGUCUCACAAGUACAGCUCCUCCUCCUCUUCCUCCUGAAGAUGAUUUUGGUGAUUUUGGUUCUUUUGAUUCUGUUCCUGUUGCUCCUCCCCCAGCUGUAGCUCCUCCCCCUAAAGCAACAGCUCCCCCUAUCAAUAAUAAGGAAGCAUUAGCCGCUUGUUUUCCCUCUCAAUCCCUCAAUAAAGUGUCAGAUAAUAACAUCAAGACUAUAAAGGAUUGUCUGUCGUCAGAUGAGAUCUCUAAUAGGGUGUGGUCACAGCUUAACGAUAAAGCUGAGUGCACGAGAUUCUUCUUUCAAUGGAGUACCUCAUUCCUCAAGGAUCGGUUCUACACUGCAGUUAGAGUUGACCCAAUGCUUGCACCUGCUGUUGGUAGUAAAGGAACCGGCCUAUUAGGAGAUAUAGGGCCACUGCCUGAAACUGGAGGAGGAGCUAUGAUGAUAGACACUGGCUCAUUUGAUGAAACUCCUGGUACUACACUACUUGAUCUUAGCCUGCCUCUCUCUCCCUCAGCUAACGAAGAAGCUCCUGGUGUGUCUUUCGAUGAUUUUAUUGGUUUGAGUCUUAAUGCUAGCGACGAGGGAACACAGGAGCAAUCCAAGGAAACCACACCCACACUAUGGAUGGACUCAGAGCUACUGGAACUAGAAUCAGAGUCACAGCCAGUCCCUCUCACAACUCCCUCCUCUACCACCACCGACUGGCUCUCAAGACUAACACAAACCGCCACUUCACUUCCAUCCACUACAAGAGAAGAGGAUAUAGAGACUGAACAGAAACUAGUCGAAACUAAAAGUAGUGUGUACGAGUUAUUGGUAUCUGAAGGGUCUAGUGAUAUGGGUUGGUCUUUCACUAUGAACACAACUGGUAGCAAUGAGAUGAGCGAACCAGUCAUAGGCAAACCAUCGAACAGCAACACUGCAAUAGAACCAAACACUUUCAUGAAUAAUAACGAAACUUUGGGAGUUGUUCAAGAAUUAUCAGAUCCUCAAGGUUUUUCAAAGCAGCCAGCUCUUGUAAACACAGGACCUUUAGACAACAUUGGGUCUUUUUUUGAGAACCCUCUUUCUUUCCCUGUGGUGGCUCCUCCAGCCAAUCAACCAUUAGUGCCUCUUACUGUAUCAAACAAACAAGAGGAGGGCUCUCUUGAUAAAGGGGCAGCUGCUGCUACUGGUGAUGUGAAUCAACAACGUGCAAUUAGCUUAAUAAAGAAAUUACCACAAUUGGAUUUUAUGCUAUCAGACAAGCUGAUGUUUUGAUUAUUUAUUGUAUUUGACUUGUUAUUAUUAUUAUUAUUAUUAUUAUUAACUUCACAUGUUACUAACAUCAAAA